AUGGUAGCGGAGCCCCAAAAAUAUAUACUUACUCUUCCUGACCAUCUUGCGUACUCGACCUCGCCCGUCCCCGAGCGGGUCAACCCUCCCCGUAGCCCGGGCUCCUUGCUGUACGAUUUGACAUUCACACGGAAGGUCGUUACACCCGUGGUCAAACUCUCUCCCUUCGUUCCGGACCCCAUCUCGGGUAGACGCCCUGUCGCUCCGCCACCUCCGCAGCUCGUUGACAGAGAAGAGGAGCAUGAGGUAGAAGAGGUCCGGAAUAGCAGACGGUUUGGUCGGGUCCUGAAGUAUCUGGUGCGCUGGCGAGGCUACGGUAUUGAGCACGACUCCUGGGAGCCCGCGAGCAACCCCCGGAAGGUCAAGGACUUCCAUGAUCGUCAUCCGGACGCAGUACGCGUACUCUGGACAAGUCCGAUGAGUCCGACGACUGCUCUACCUCUCCGGAUGACUCCUGCAGCACUGGACCAGUCCUGGGAGCGUUGGCGCAGUCGGAAGGCUCCGGGCUCUGCGCAGUCAUACUUCGACAUCUUCUCGCAGCAAUCCGGAGUUUCGGGGUUGGUGAAUUCAUGGCACGGCAGGCAGGAAUCUUCGCGUCGGGUCGCCGCAACCUUGAAGGGGGGGGUGAUGUAA